GAUACACUGCAAAGAAGUCUCAAGUCAAUCAGGCGCAUGGGGGCUUUUUGAUGCUUCUGCAUUUUCAUGCAGCUUUGGUCUGCCAAGAAGCGUUACACCACUGUAGAACGGCAAUCCAACCGUAGUCUCAGAACUGCAAGUCGCCUCCCAAUGAGUUGAUCACUUUUCGAUCUUCUCCUUUCAAACGUAGAUGGUUGGAGAUUUUGCGCUGAAAGGAGUGUCACUCCAAGAAGGCGCAAGAUUCUGCUGAUUGGUUCUAUGGCGUCCGCUUGCAGGGCAACACCUCUGUCCAGCUCAAGAUGGAGUAGCAGAUUGACACAGGUCGAGUCGAAAACGGCAGAAUGCAGUCUGGUUUCAGCAUCCAAAGUACUGCCGUUUCCAGCUGCUAGACGUCUAUUCAAGCGUCCGUCUGUUACUCGAGAUGUGUCUGGUGUUGGAGAGCAGUCGUGGAAACGUCCUGAGCAAGGUUUCAAGACGCUCUCAUGCUCAAACUCGCGUUAUCUUGGGAGACCCCUUCAUAUAGCAGAUUCAGAACGGAAGGCAAAGCAGGUUCGCAGGCAGACACAUGGAGUGUUUAUGCGUCUGAAAGGGGAGCAUACUUUUACGGUUAAGGGAGACCUGCAGAAGGUGUUUGAGUAUGCCAGUGACUUUUCGAACAUCGAUGCGUGGGAUCCAGGAACACCCAGUGCUCACAAAGACUCGUCGCUCACAAGGCCGAAGCAGGCCCCACUGGGGGUGGGAACGCAGUUCAACUUGAGGACCGUCCUGCUUGGCUACGUGACUCCCACAGUAUAUGAGAUUCUUCAGUACGAGCCUCCUCGGUUUAUGAAGAUCUACGGCGUGUCCGAUUUCCACGACUCUUACGACAGCCUGUGGUUUCAAAGGGACGAUCGAGACCCCAGCCUCGUGCGAGUGACGUACGUCUCCGAGAUCCAGCUGACUGGAUGGUACAGGUACUUCGAAGCCGUGAUGAGCUGGUUAUUACUUCGGCUUUUCAAAGAUGCAGUACGAGGGUUAGAGAAGAAAAUGAAGUCCUUGGAGUCAGAGCUCCAGCCAACGGUUGCAAGCGCAAGAUAGUGCGGUAGGAACCUUAUUAAAGGCAACUGUUGCGUUACAAACUGUGAACGGUGGGAAUGAUAAUUAGUGUUUCGACUUGAAUAGCGUGGACGUAUCAAACUAUGUACAGAACCAUCUCACUCAAUCUGCCGGAAUUGUUUUCCAGACUGAACUUACCGUUGGCAAUCUGGACACGAGGUCGAUUUUCAGCAAGUUGACUUGGUUGAUCAUUAAAAAGGCCGCGUAGCAUGAAUCCUAGAAGGUACACCGACUACUCCACGAGUCAGGUUCUUCAUAAACACUCUUCCCC